UCCAUCACUUUUCCUUCUUCAAACAGGGAAGAAAGUAGUCUGAGGGUGUUGUCUGAGUGACCUUCAUGAGAGUUCCUAGGGAUCGGGUAUACCGGCUCGAGCUGUUGUUCAAGCAUACCGUCAAGCACUCUCAAGUUAGUUCAGUAUUACACUACUUUUUUUUUAGAAUAGGGUUUUAUUGUUGUUGUUGCUAAACUCGCCGUGAGCAACGAGGCAAUUAGUAAUGUUUUUAUAGUGGCAGCUGUUUUGUGUGCUUCAUAUCAUAUGUAUCAAUCUUUUGAAUGUAAGUUCAUCGCAGAUGCUGCAAAAUCCGGUGUUACACAUGAGACACUACAAAAUGGAGCUGGUAGAGUCAUGACGGAGCAUGAAGCUAGGCAGAUUCUUGGUGUAAGCGAGGAUGCCACUUGGGAGGAGAUAACGAAGGCUAGUAUUUUAAGCAUCUCUUUUUGUUUUCCCUUUCAGUUGCUUUCAUCUCGAAUAACCUUUAAACCUUCUUACACUACUUUAUUGCAGAAGUAUGACCAUUUAUUCGAGAAGAAGGCCAAGGUUGGGAACUUCUACCUUCAGUCAAAGGCUCAUCGGGCUAAGGAGUGCUCAGAAGCCUCCCAUCGAGCCAAAGGAGAGGGCAGUCCUACUAGUUGAAAAUCCGUCCAGGUUUACUCGUUUCACAUACAGAUCCCCAUUUAUAAACUAAUUCCGACU